CAGUAUACAACUAUGCAGUUCCGACUAUUCAUUGUUUUAUACUUUAUACCACAGAUCAUUGUUGAAUGUAUUGUCAAAGUAAACUUGGCAGAUAAUCUUGAUUCAGAAAGUUCAAAAUCAUCACCAACAUUUUUGUUAGUACAAGAAAGUGAAAAUUAUUUAUAUUUUCAAUGGACACCAUUUGAUAAACAAAAAAGUGACUCUUUGAAACUUAAUCUAAAUGAAAAUCGUGUAACACGACAAUUAACAACUGAAGAAACGUAUGCAAAAUUUCCAACAAUUGGUUUAGCAUGUAUCAAUGAAGAAUAUACAAUUACAAAUCAUAUUUUAAAAGCAUAUUUAUUUGAUAAUACUCUUUCAAAAAGGAAGAUAAAUUAUAAACGAACUUUCAGAGUGCAAAAUACAAAAAUAAGGACAAUCAAUAAAGAGCACACAUAUAUAACAUGGCAAAUAAACGAAAAUUAUUGCAAUCCAGAUGAUUUAAUAAUAAUUUUCAAAAAAGAUUCAACAGGAUUUCAUCGAAUGCAUAUUGUCAAUGUUGAUGAAACAAACUUUCAUAUUGAUGAAGCGUUACAAAAACAAGAAGAGAUUAUUAUUACAAGUUAUCAUGAAAAUAGGUUUGGCUUAUUUGAAUUAGAUCGGACAUUAAAUGAAAAAAUUAUGAGGAAACGUGACAAAGGUAAAUUUACUAAUCAUAAUCUUCUCAAUAUUACAGUCAUAAUGAUGAUCUUCCUUACUGUAAUCAACUGAGCUGUCAGAUAGAACUAAUUUGAACAGAGUAUAAAAAUAUCAUAAUAAUUUGAUAAUGAUCAGAGAGGUUAUGGUUCACCAGAUCUAGAUGGCGUCGAGUCUUGAUGGACUAUGAUCACUAUGAUUACGCGCCCAAAAACGACUUGGUCCCUUUGAUAACUCGCAAACCGGAAGACUGUAACUGGUUCAGAUAGAGUAUAUUAAUUGGCGAUCUCGUGGAAGCGAAAGAAUAACGAAACGUGCCAACGAGUACAGGCAAUAAGGGUAGAGCGCAGGAAAGUUCGAACCAAACAAGGCGGAUAGCAGAACGAGCAGUGACUUUGAUACAUUUAAACAAAUACAGUAAAACAAUCGCUGGUAGAAUUGGUUAUAAUAAUAAUUGUUUCUAUUAUACCAAUCGCGUUCUUGUCGAAAAAGCAGGUCACUGCAAGGUGAUUAUUUACCAGAAGUUAAUAACUACUGUUAUUCUGAAGAAAUAUAUAGUCAUUUCUAUAAACUAGAUAAUAUAAUCAUGAUAAAGGGGUUGACAACAACUGAUUGUUAAACGCUUCAUUAUUUUUUUGUAGUUCUGCAGUCAGUUUCAGUCUGUCAGAACAAUCAAUCCAUGCGAUUCAACUGAGAUUCACAAUUUUUCUUAUACAUAUUGUGAACUAGCAAUUCAGUACAUGGAAAUUUAUUUCCAUAUUUCACCAGUGAUUAUUGUGAAAACAACAGACUGUCGUUAAUUAAGAAUGCUUAACUUGUGACCGUCGAGUUCGACGACGUGUGAUGACAAUCAAGAACAUAAAAAGUAAUAAAUAAGUGACACAAUAUAUGCUCCCUUCGUUGAUUGUGAAUUAUUUUCUAAUUAACUGAACACUUUAAGUGAAAUAUUUGGACUAUCUUGUUAUAAAUCAAGUGUUCAUUCAGUAAAGAAUUCAAGUUAUUACUCAUCUCCCUUUGUUUACUUAUCUACUCAGAAGGAAGAUUAAAUACCAGUUUUUUGAAUACAGCAGGUUCUCAAUUCACCUUGAAAAUAGUAUUAAUUGGAAUGACCUACCUUAUGAUAUUUAUCUGCAUUUGUAUAUGUAUAUACUUUACAAUUAAAAAAUAAAUCAAUUUAGUGUUUCUCACUUACCUUUAACAAAAUGUCUUCCUGUACACAAACCAUUGUAAAUAAUUAUACUCAUCUUCGAUUUUGUUC